AAUAACUUUAACUACUCUUGCUGUGCAAUAGGCCAGCUACAGGCUAUACCCUUAGUAGGUUUCUCCAAGCGCAUUGAACCUCUUCGGGCAGCCUCAACGGUUAUCCAGGAGACAAAGCCUGCGACGACUGUUAAAGUUCACUUGUGCUUUCAACAUCAGGUUCCCUUUGGACAAGAGCUUAAGUUAGUUGGGUCAGGACACCAGCUGGGUAGCUGGCAGCCACAUCUCGCGCAGCAGCUGCAGUGGAGUGAGGGACACAUCUGGACAGCUGAGCUUGACCUGGAACCUGGAGCGUACGAAUUCAAGUGCAUCACCGCAGCGGGAGACCACGUGCUGGAGUGGGAGGAGGGCGCCAACCGCUUGCUGCAGGUUCCUUGGGGCGUCCGAGGUGUCCGUGUGGAGGGCUGCUGGUGCCAGACCUCCCGGACCCACAUCACGGUUACGGAGGUGCCCGCCGGCGCAGUCCAGCAAAGGCGCGCGGCGGCAGCAACCAGACUGCUGGUGCAGGCGCUCUCGCAGGUGACAGCCACCGCAGCGGCGUUAGAGGAGGCGGGAACAGGAACAGCAGCAGUGGCUCGGCCGCUGGAAGCGACCAGCACUGUAGACGGCAAGCCGACAUCGGAGGCGACUCAGAAGGAGGAGGAGUGGGUAGUUGAGGGCGUAGCAGGAGUGGAAGCAGCAGCGGCAGGAGGUGAUAGCCCUGAUAGGCAAGUGAGGGAGAGGAUAUCAGGCGAAGCGGAGGAGGAAGGGUCCUUGCUAGAGCUUCAGGAACUGUUGGGAACAGGGGAGCUGCUACCAGUGCGUGAGGCAAGCAGCGACAAGCGCGCCGCCGACGGCAUUUUGGACAGGGGCUUGAGCAGUGAAGAAAGCGGCAGCUGCGUCAGCUUUCCACAGGACGCUUUGGCUGUGGUGGAGCCAGUUGUGUUUGGGGGUGAGGACACCGGCACUGCUGGUGUCAACGGCGCUGUAGCGGCUGGUCCUGUCGGCCUUUGUGGCCCUGCCAUUAGCCCUACGGACGGUGGCAGCAGUGGCAGCAGCAACGACGCUGGAGGUGAUAGGGAAGCGAGCGGUGCUGUGAUCACCGGCGUCAGCGAUAUCGUCUUAACGGUCCCUCCGCUGCAGCUAGCAUCCCCGGAUUCACCUGCGCCCCAUUCCUCCAGCGGGCAGUCGUCAGCGCCGGCCGUCGACGAGUUUGCCGUCGCAUCAGCAGCUGCAGACUCUGAGGUGCGUGCGGAGGCGACAGCGGCAGGCUGGUCCACCGUAACACCCGACGGUGGAAGCGCCGUUGUGCCGGCGGCCGAGGAGAGACAGGAACCCGAGGAAUCCUCCUUCGCAGAGGCGGUUGUGGCGAACGGUGAGAACGAAGUGGAAGGCUUGGCUGAGGUGAAGGGCGCUCUUGCAGAGCAGGGAAGUUACGAAACGCUUGAGCCACUCGUCGUUGCAGCGGCGGCAGCAGCUGAAGAAAGCGGCGGCGGUGGUGACAGCGCGGAUCCCGUGCUGACGAGCAGCACCAGGAGCAGUUGCAGCAGCUUAAGCAGCUACGUCCCAAGUGACAGCGCAACUGAGAGGAGCAGUGCUAGCCUGGUUUCGCUGCAAAGCCUUGUCGAGCAGGACACCGAGAGCUCCGAGGGUGCGGGGGAGGACACGUUUGCGAUCAACCAGGAGGGUAGCUGCAGCGCUCCGGAAGCGGGCACAGAGUGGAAGCAGCAGAGGAGCGGCAGCGAAGUAACGGUUGAAAACGAGCCUGCAGCGCUCUUAGAAACAAGCGACAGCAGCAGCAACGACCCCUCCGAGGGUGCCGAAACUAUGGGCGCCGCAAGCAGCUGCGUCGAGGAGACACAACACGAUGAAAACUUGGACCGUUUAUUGGACGCCUGGGAUGCCGCUUGGUCCAAGGGGCUCGGCGUUAACUGCCCAUCAUCUUCACUAGCGAAUGACUCGCCGACGGGGGUGGCGGCGGCGCAGCCACCGCUUGCCGUACAGUCAACGUCAGCUGCGUUGGGAACCGCGGGUGCCGCUGCUGCGGCCGGCAGGCUAGCCAACGGCAGCCCCAAGGCCUCUGCUGGCAGUGCUGCUGCUGGCAGCGACGCCGCGGGUGCUGGGGAGAACGGCGUCGCUGGGAGCGGCAGCGGCGAAAGCCUGUUUAACAUGGCAGAGCGUGUAACGUCAGCCGCGUCAUUGUCUGGUCAGCGCAGCAGCAGCUGUAGCGGCGCUAGCGCCGGCGCCGCGGAGGAAGACGGUGCCGACGUCACCAUGCAUAAAGGCGCCUUGGCGGCCAUGGGAGUGGAUCGACAGGGCAGCUUUGACCGAUCCUCCUACUUGUCUCAGUCGCUACUGGGCGACGGACUCAACGGCAGUGGAAGCGGCGGCGGCAGCGGCAGCGGCGGCAGUCAGGAUCAGCCGUCCCGAGCGCUCCUCCGUCAGCUGCGAGCCGCCAGUGCAGCGGCAGCCGCAGCCGCCGCGGCGACGGAGGCAACGGACGCCGCCGCCGCCGGCAGCGUGGGGAAAGCCACGCCAGCAAGCGCAGGUAGCGCCUUUCCGCCGCUGCCUGCUACCCCGAUCCUACCCGGUAUCCUAUCAGCGGAAACAGAAGACGACGAUGCGGACGAGGGAGAGGACGGGGAAGCCCAGGCGCCGCCGCUGCCGGCGACGCCGCCACCUCCGUCGUACCUUACCGGGCCUCCAGCCUCCGCCGCCGCCGCCGCAUCUGCCGUACCGCCGCUUCCCGCCACGCCGGUGCCGCAAACCAUCCUUGCAAGCAGCUUCGGCGCGGGUGUGGGCGCGGCAGCUGAGGAGCUCCUUCGUCGCGCCGGCAACGCGGAUGCCGUACUCAACAUGCUGCGUGGAAACCUGCCGUUGACACCCAUCGCCCGGGGUGGCAGGGGCGGCGGCGCGGGUCCGCUUUCCAUGGUGGAGUCUGAGGAUGGCGAUUCGGAUGAGGGAAGCAAUGGGGGCGCGAGAGGGCGGCGUGGACGGCGGGGGAGCUCGCGGUUGGGGCUCGGACUGGGGCAGAAUGGCGGCGCCAAGGAUACGGCUCCGCUGCUUCCAAAGGUCGACCCAGUUGCCGUCACCCGCGCCGCCCUAUCCGACGCGGCGCAGGCCUGGGACAAGACCCGCGGCGCUCUGCAGGCCCUGCAACAGGGCGCAGCGGAGCUCGGUCUGACGCCGGAGGCCCUGUCCGAAUCCGCUUCCAAGCUGCUGCAACAGCUCCCGCCCAACGGGGCAGGAACCGGCAGCGGAGGAGCCGCUGCCCCGACCGCUCCUAGCACAGCACAAUCCACCACGGGAGGUGCCGCCGCUUCCACAAACGGCGGCGCGGGUGCGGGCAUUCCGCUGCCGAGCCUGCCGCCGGCUGUCGUGCAGGCAGCAGGCAGCCUGGCGUCGGGUCUGGGGGCGGUUGGGAGCAGCCUGGGGAACGGCAUCAAGGAGCAGUUGCAGCGGGGCGCUGUUGCGGCUGUUGCUGCUGCAGGGGCAGCUGCUGCUGCUGCUGCCGCUGCUGCUGCGAAUGGGAACGGCAAGGCUGCGGAGGGAGUCGCCAACGGGGAGAUCGCGGGGGCGGUGGCAGCUACGGCGACGGGAGCCGCGUCUAGCGGCUUCCGGCUGGUUGCGGGAGCCCACAUGAUCCCGCAUGUGGACAAGGUGGACAAAGGAGGCGAGGAUGCCUACUUCAUCAGUCGCGUUGGGCUGGGCGGUGUGGGUGUUGCGGACGGUGUCAGCGGCUGGGCGGAUGAGGGCAUUGACCCGGCAGAGUAUCCCAGGACGCUCAUGCGCUUCGCCUCCGAUGCCUACGAGGCGGCCCGAGGCGCCCUGUCCGCGCAAGACAUCAUCCGAUACGCGCAGUACCGCACGCACCUCAAGGGCAGCAGCACCGUGUGUCUCGCGCUCAUGAAGCCCGGGAGGAAGCUGGAGGUAGCCAACGUGGGCGACAGCGGCGUGCGCAUUUUGCGGAAUGGCAAGGUCAUCUUUGGCACAGAGUCGCAGCAACACGCCUUCAACAUGCCCUACCAGCUCUCCCAUCCCAACAACGUGGAAGACCCCGACACAGCCGACGACGCAGACGUGCACUACGUGGACGUGCGCGAGGGCGACGUGGUGAUGCUCGCGACGGACGGCCUUUUCGACAACGUCUUCGAUGAGGAGGUCGAGCAGAUUGUGUCACACCAGCUGAAAGAGCUCGCAGCGGCAGGGAGAGGGAAGGCGCCCUCGGGUUCAGCAGCCGCGGCAGCAGCAGCGACAGCAGCGGCAUCAGCAGCCGGUGAGGCAGCGGCGGCGGCUGGCGCCGCCGCCGCUGCCGCUGCUUCUUCCUCCGGCAGCAGCGGCAGCCGUGGCAGCAGCGGCCGGCCCGCAACGGGGUUGUUGAGUCAGAGCUUGAACGCCGCCGCGGCAGCGGCGGCCGGCGGCGCCGGCGGCUCCCGGUCUUCAUCUUGUUACCGAUCCGAGGAUGCGGUGCGGAUAGCCCGAGCACUGGCUGAGCGAGCGCACUUGCAUGCGCGCAACCCCACGCAGCGUACCCCCUGGAGUGUGACGUCGUCUCAGCAGCCUAACUUUAUGUGGGCCAAGUUCUUUGCUAAGGGCGGUGGAAAGAUGGAUGACUGCACCGUGCUUGUGGCGUUUGUGUGUGGCAUGGAAUGAGGCGGGGUGAGGAGGAGGAUAUUGGAGGCAAAUGAUGUGGUGGCAGGAAAGGAAGGCAGGUAGCCUGCAAGGAAGUGUAUGCGGAUAAGGGAGAUCAUUUUUGGUGGUUUUAAGACCGCCGACGCUGUGCAAGAGAAGAGAAAGAGAAGGGCAUGGAAGGAAUGGAAUAAAGGAUGAGCAUUGUGUUAACUUGUUUGAGAUGGUGUAUGGUGGUGGUCGAGGCUUCUAGUAGUCGCAAUCGCAAUGGGAUAUUACAUACCUUUUCAAGUAGUAGUAGCAGUAGCAGGACCCAACAUCCUCGUGUGCGCAGCUGUAUGCGCUGUUAGGGCUCAGUACGUCUGUUGUGGCUUAGUGUGGCGCUGCAUGUCGCUGUGGCAGUGAGACGGCGCCUGAACCUCUUACAGAUGUGGCACACCGCAUGCGCCUGUCUUGCGCUGUGGCAGUUAGACAUCGGGCCAUGCCGGCGUUACGAAAUCCAGAUCAAAGGGAUGGGCCAGGAAUACCGCUGAGAAGCUGAAGGAAGGUGCAGGAGGGCUUGAUCGCUUGCUUGUUUUACGCCAUGGCUUAUUGUAUGGGAAGAUUGCAUGCGGAAGUGUCUCUAUAUUGAAUGAGUGUCCUCGCUUUGGCGACGGGGUUGGCGAAGCACGCUUGGGUUUGUGGCGAAGAUGCAAGUUGGUGGGAUUGAUGGCGAUAACGGUUACGGUGCCAUUGAUGGUGGGUUCGGGGCACAAAAGAAGGGUAAGCUUAUUUCUAUCAUCUUGGCCUCUAUCUCCGCGCGGGCUAAGAACAAAGCGAGGCUCGGCGAGGCGUUACGUUGAAGAGCGGAUUUUAUGUGAGU